AUGUUCUAUGAGAGGUCGUCUUCUGCAAAAUAUAUUACCGAGUACAAACGCGAUAUACAAGAGUAUGAUGGACUGAUAAGUGGCUAUACCGGAAGCGAAGAGGUUUGCAUGUUUGACGAUCAAUUGAUCUGGCAGAAGCAUAUCCUCUCCAUCCUCUUCAUUGUUUACAGAGAUGACAUGAAGUAUUACUUCACUGACUCCAAUGGCUAUAGUCGACCUUGCAUGUACCGAAAUGCAGGCAUAGAAUUCGAUGACAUUCGCCAUUUCAUAGUGACUCCUAACAGAAGAUUCUCCGACACCUUUAUUCACGAAUUCUAUGCCUUCACAGACUCGCCCAGUACAGAACCUUUCAAUACACCUAUCCCAGACAUAAAGCGAUUAUCAAUGGAAUCUGCACGAUUUGCAACACCGGCAUUCUUCGACUCUACCCAUCGCUAUCGUGUAUAUCGUCCCGCAGAGGAUGAUACGGGCCAUUGGGCCUUUGACUUUAAAGAUCGAUGCGUUCCAGAGCUCACGAGGACGACUCGAGCGGAUGGUGUGUCUUACGGCUUGGUGACUAGCUGGGCGGAUCUCGUCCGGUCCGACAUGCUUGAAGCCAGACUUGUCGUGCGUAGCAUUUCGACUUGCGGACACUUCCCUCCCAAUAUGAUUGUACCGAACUCCUUCGACCCGCUUUCUGUCCUGUACUUGGAACAUGACUCUCCGGAACUCCCCCUGCGCAUCAUACACCUGUGUCGGGACGUGUUUCUUGACCUCUGUGGGUUUAUAAUAUGGUGGAUCUCAACGUUUGAAGAAGGAAGCCAUUCUUGCAUCCCUGAGAGUGGAUGGACCUUCAUAACGACCAACAAGUUGAUGUCUUGCAGGAAGUUGGGUGUGGUUGUAUUCCCUUUGAAGGAUGAACUACACAUGAAUAUCGAAAAAUGGGUUAGGGAUGAUGUCGGCGUCUUCUGUCUCUUCCCAGAAGGGACGGAUCUAUGGCCCCGCUGGACUCGCUUGGAUUACCUCAGCUCCGGUGUAUUCACAUACCACCGUAAUCGGAAUAUCCCAGCGGAGUCUGAACCCUCCAUGGAGCGAGACAUCGUUGCGUUGAAUGCAUACAGUACCCACUUCACGGCAAUUCAGUGGGUGGCGACAGAGACCAUAUCCUCAAUUCCUCAGAUCCCUGCCGAUUCUAAAGCCCAGGUGGUAGAAUUUCCAGGAUGGAAGCCCCACCCUAUUACGCCUCGUGAAAUCCGCUUCUUCACCUGGGCUUGCGACUUCGCUAUUCAUGAUGAAGGUGGAGGGGUUCAGCUGGUUACGAUAUGGCGCUACAAGUUGCGAAACUAUCUUGAUGGAUCUAUUCUCCCUAGUUCGGUGGAAAAGAUUCUACAUGACUCCAAGUCAUAUGGAGAGGUGAUGUCGUGGGGUGCUGCAAAGGAAUAUUAUGCGCCAAGCUGCGCUCCUUGUAUGGUCCAACGCUAUGCUCUCAAUUUUCGGGAAGACAUGGACAUGACCUGGGAGGUUCUAUAUUUCUAUCCUAACCAGUCUUCGCAAAUGGCCGCCUUCCUUUCCACCGAGACACCUAUCCCCGGACCUAUUUUCAACUCUACUCUGUUACCGUCCGACGUACCCGUACCCUUUAACGGGAGCUUGCAGGAUAUACUAUUGGAGGCAGAGGCAUCCCCCCCCUCUGUUCUGGACGCGAACUCUCUUUCCGUCCUAGGGGUACCAUUGUCUACUCAUGUAGCCUCCACCAAACGAGUUUUCUGCGGUAGUAUCCAGGAGACAUGGAACCUGGGAGACAAACCCAAAAUACGAGUCAUUCAAGCAGGAUAUAAAUCUUCCCUUCUACAUAAAUUCCAGAAUAAAUCUUCUGUCACGCAGAAGUAUGUUGGAGAUCCAAGAUUUUUGCCCGUCUCCAAGCCCAAAGAGCUUUUAGGCGAUCGACACGGAGCUAGGAGGCCUAGAAAGAAGGGAAAGGGAAAGGGAAAGGAAGUGGCUUCAUUAGUUGUUGAAACGACGUAA